UCUGCUGCUGAAGGUUUCCUGACUCCUGAUUUCUACCCACCCUCGGACUCAGGAAGGCUGGGCCCAUUUCCCAUGGGGAUGGAGGUGAGAUAUUGAAUAGGGAGAGGAAACUGAAGACCUCUAAAAGUUCCCAGUUGUCCUCAUGCAGCAUUCUAAAAUUUCAGGGGCUGAGGUAAGACCCCAUUCCCCAGAUGGGCAAAACCAAGGCUCAGAGGUUCAAGGUUGCUUGACACAGGGUAGCCUGGGAAUCGGUUCUCAGCUGACUGUCUCCUCUGCCUGCACCCUUCAGGAUCCCCUGGAUACUCGCCUCUAUGCAGAACCCUCCCUGCAACAGGCAGGAUCCUGGAGAGUUUCUGGGCUCCCCUCAGGACCCCCACAGUUGCUCCCAUGCACGGGACCAUCCCUGGAUACAGCUCGAGCUCAGAUGCUGGCCUUGGGGCCCCAACAGCUGCUGGCCCAGGAUGAGGAGGGAGACACGCUCCUCCACCUGUUUGCAGCUCGAGGACUUCGCUGGGCAGCUUAUGCUGCAGCUGAGGUGCUGCAGAUGUACAGACGUCUGGAUAUUCGUGAACAUAAGGGCAAGACCCCUCUCCUGGUGGCUGCUGCCGCCAAUCAACCACUGAUUGUGGAGGAUCUGUUGAACUUGGGCGCAGAGCCUAAUGCCACUGAUCAUCAGGGACGUUCUGUCUUGCACAUGGCUGCUACCUACGGGCUCCCAGGUGUCCUUUCGGCUGUGUUUAAAUCAGGCAUUCAGGUCAACCUGGAAGUCAGAGACUUUGAAGGCCUCACCCCGCUCCACACAGCCAUCCUGGCCCUCAAUGCUGCUAUGCAUCCGCCCAGCCUCUGUCCUCGGAUGCUGAGUACCCAAGCCCGGGACAGACUGGCCUGCGUCCAGUUGUUGUUGCACAUGGGUGCAGAUCAUGCCAGCCAGGAGAUCAAGAGCAACAAGACAGUUCUACACUUGGCUGUGCAGGCUGCCAACCCUACCCUGGUUCAGUUGCUGCUGGAACUGCCCCGGGGGGACCUGCGGACCUUUGUCAACAUGAAGGCCCACGGGAACACAGCACUCCACAUGGCAGCGGCCCUGCCCCCUGGACCUCUCCAGGAGUCCAUCGUACGGCACCUGUUGGCAGCUGGGGCAGACCCAACGCUGCGCAACCUGGAGAAUGAGCAGCCCAUCCACCUGCUGCGACCUGGGCCGGGCCCUGACGGGCUCCGGCAGCUGUUGAAGAGGAGCCGUGUGGCACCCCCAGGCUUGUCCUCUUAGGACUCAACUCAGACCUGGACUGAUUUUCCAGUCCCCACCGUCCUGUGGGACAGUCAGCGUAUGCUAAUGAUGCAAACUCGUGAUAUGUAUGUGGACCGUCUUGCCAUUAGGGUCUUACAUUAAAACCCCAAAAUGGCUGCUGGGGGGGUGCACAGUCCCCAAUAUUUGGGGUGGUAUACGACCCCUCCCCCACCACAAGGAUCCUUCUUGAUGAUUUCUGUGAAAUCGAGACCCCUUGAUUGUUUCUGUGAAACGCCCAGACCCCUCUAACUGCUACCCACCAGGGUCUUCCAGCGUCCUCUCCCCAGCUCAGCCCCUUGUACCCAGAAAUGAAGAUGUCAUCCCCUUUGUGGCAUUCAGGACAAUUCUAGUACCUGCCCAGUAGGGCUCCUCAAAUGGCCCCCAGCUCUCCUGAGGAGCCAUACCGCUUUUAUCUGAGGCCCUGGGAUGUAGGAAAGGCCCUCUGGGAUUUUUGUGACCUACUUUCUCCUGCUUUCUGAUUCAGAAUUCAGUGAGGUCCGCGUCACAGACCUCCACAGUCCUAGUGAACCCUUCCCCUAACCUGAGUGUCUCUGAAGCAUCUUAUUAAACUCAGUUCAAACUAGAACUG